AUGAGUGCUUCUAGAGGUUCCAGUAACAUCCGUCUGAAAGUCGGUAUUUUCAUCUUUACACUAAUCAAGCUUACUGACUGUGACUUCGUGACAGAAACUCCUAAAUACGUCUACCAUAGAGACAAGCCUUACGUGAAUAAUGAAAUUCCAGAACCAGAAAUAUUGCCAGUUCUACAUGGAAAUGAUUCCAGAUGUCGGAUAUCAGAAUAUCAUUGUGCAAAUAAAAAAUGCAUACCUAUAAAUAGAUUUUGCGAUAGUACGAACGACUGUGGCGAUUCCUCCGAUGAACCAAGACAUUGCACACGUUGCAACAGAACAUACUACGGGGAUAUCGGUCGGACAUAUGAACUAGAACUCCAUAGACCUCGUGAAGAUUUGGUUCCAUAUGUAUGCCUCUUGACCAUCACUGCUGCUGGUGGUGUUCAUGGUGAUUUAGUACAGGUGUUGUUUGAUAGUUUUACACUUGGCCGCUUCACAUCAUUCACUGAAGAUGGCUGUCCUGAUGGUUACAUGCAAAUACAAGAGGCCAGUAGACCGCAAGUUGGAGGCUCAUGGUGUGGAACUUCUUGGGGGCCCUCCAUAUAUUACAGCGAGACGAAAUCUAUUACAUUAAUUAUUAGAUUACUACAUUUGUCAAAGGAGCAGAAUAACUAUAAUUUUGAUUUUCGUAUGGCGUAUAAAGUUUUAAGAAAAGAAUAUGCUACGGUACGAUACGGAGGAUCUCCUCCAUCAGAGAGGCCAUUUUUCAAACUAAGACCCUUGCCUCCUCCCUUAAACAUAUCACGUAACGAAGAAAUGAACGUUGGAAAGCCGACAAAGACAUCUGAGUAUUACCUUGGAGAUUUGAUAUCUGGAACUUAUUGCUCGCGUAUAUUCAGUGACUGCGAUCGUAAAAACUGUAGGUUACAAUCCCCCAACUACCCUGGAGUUUACCCAAGAAAUUUAACUUGUUACUAUGCAGUACGACAACAUGAGGUACCUCAAGGGAAACACGCACUGAUAAUAGUGAAACAGCCAAAUGGACAGCUUGUGUCUAUUAGAAGUGAAAAAGCUUUAUAUGCGUCGGCAGAACAGGAAAGAGGGAACAAUGGUCGAGAACUUAAAUUUUGGCAAGAGUGUGACGAAGUCCAAGAUUACGUAACUGUUUAUGAUGGCUAUACGACAAGAGAUCCUGUUAUUUUAAGGUUUUGUGGGGGAGGGGUGGCAGUCCCUGAAGCAAUAUCCAGUGGUCCCGAAUUGCUUGUAGAAUUUACGACUUCACCUUUUGGAACGUUCUUGCAACCGGCAAUGUUACAAUCGCUUCAUGGAUUCCAGUUAGAAGUUGAGGUAAAGUUUGUAGAUCAACAAUCACCUACUUACGCGAAAAACAAAAGAGCCUGCGAAUUUUGGAUAAGAGGGACAGGAAGAGGUGUCUUAGAACAUCCACAACAUUCGCUCCCUCCCAAUACAACUUGUCUUUACCAUAUGCAAGGAAUUGAUACAUCCGGACCGUCAGGAAGGAACAUAAUUUACAGAAGACCGUCGUUUUCAGCACCAAGAUUCCGAGUAUGGUUCUCUGUGUUAAAAUUCUAUGUAACAAAUGCGUUAAAUCCAAAUUUGCCUGAGGAUGAGUACUGCGGAAGCCAUUUGAAUAUAUGGGAUGGCCCGAUGCGGAUAUCACCCGGUUGCAGUGAUAUUUUCUGUGACAGAGAACGCUCAGUGCAAAUGUCAAGAGCUACAUCUCCCCAGUCAGUUAUUGUUGGACGUCCUCCAACAAAUGCUACUUUAAUCGCAAGAUUUUGCCGUGAGCGGGCCCCUCGUACCUGCGAACAUGCUUUAUUACGAAAAUCCAGAGCUUGUACUCGUACGGAGAGCUUUCUCUCUAAAGGGGACUCUUUAACGCUGGAACUAAAGUUGACUCAAGGGACCGCUCUGAAACCCGUUUUCUUUAAAGCUUUGUACGAAUUUGUGGACUUGCAUCAAGAUGGUGAACCUUGGGGUAGGGGUCCAUGUUCGCGUCGUUUUGCAUCCCGUUCAUUUCCAGAGGCACCGCCUGAUCCACCUGUUAGUUUUUCAUCUCCGAGGGAUGUAUUUUUAUAUGGGAGAGGUGGAAAACGAAAUAUUAGUUGUACUUACCGAUUCGAAGCAAAUCCUGGGGAAGUAAUACGCCUCCGCUUAUGGGGUAUACGAAAUGGAGGACGAUUGUGUAGAUCAGUGCAUUCCGCUCAUUCCCCGUGGUUUCGAUGUGGAGGUGAUCCAACUGCUGCAUUAAGAAUUUUCGAGAGGCCUUGGAGAGAUAAUGGUCCGGGGAUACCAAGAGAUUGCUUAUGCAGUGACGUGGGUGAUUAUGAAUUUACUUCAAGAGCAACGGUAGCCGACUUGAAAUUUGAUGUCAUUAACAUGACGGCAACAGACGACUUCCGGUCAUUUGGUUUCGAAGCCACUGUGGAGUUUGUGAGGCAAGAAAUUGCAUGUGAAAAUAGUCAUAAAGUUUUCGGUGCCAGUGGAGAACUGAAACUAUCUACGUCACUAACCUCUGAAAUGGAUCACUGUGACCGCCGUCCGUGGAUGAUUGAUCCUUCACCUGGCAGAUAUCUUUAUCUUCAAAUCAAAGGAAGCAUUAUAAAGGAGCCGGAACUGGAUAAUUUUACUCUACUAAACAAUAUUACAGUUGCACCUGACCUAAGGCACAUGUGUAGGACGCCAAAUCGUAUUGCAGUAUAUGCUGGAGGAUUAUCGCCUGUAUUUAUUUGCCCCGAUCCUCCUGAAGAACCGGUCGAUUUAGUAGAAUUUUUUUCCGAUGGUUGGUCUAAAGAAGUGAACCCGCUUGCGCGCCAUGUGCUUGCACCACCUCCGUCACCCGAUCAGUUCGAUUUAGAUUGGCCCCGUUCCUUGUCCGUUGAACUUAUAGCUGAAGAAAGUGGCUCAUAUUAUAUUACAUGGUUGGAACUUUCGAGAAGGCAACCAAGUGCACGUGGUGGAGUAUAUGCAUUAUCUGGCGAAUGUCAGUAUCGAUGCGCAUCGUUGGACGCAUGUAUUGCCCCAGCGCUGUGGUGCGACGGUAUCGCGCAGUGCCCACAAGGUGAAGACGAACGCCUAGCGGAAUGUUCUGCGUUAUUACGAGUGCCUGCACAUUAUGCUGCAGCGUUACUUGCGCUUACUAUUCUCGCUGUUUUUGCUGUGAUAGCGGCAGCGCGUUCCUGUCGCCGCAGACGUUCUGCUCUGCAGCACCGCCUCAAAAGUCUCUCAUCUGAUACAGCCAUAUUUGACGAGAAGGAAGUGAUUUGCUGA